UGAUCGUGGUGGAGUACCGGUCUUGCUCACUCUUUUACUGUUACAGCGCGCACCCAUUCUUUAAUGUGCUGCACUGCUGCUUUUGCUUCUUUCUCCGGCCACCACUUUGAAAACUACUGCAGGGCUUCCAGAUUUCCCCAUUUUAAUGAUUUGGGCAUAAAAUUAAUCGUACAAUAAUCUCCUGACGAAUUCAAUUAGUGGGUAUUAAUUACAGAUGGGUAAUAUUUUUGUGAAAAAACCCAAGAUCACUGAGGUUGAUCGUGCAAUUCUCUCUCUCAAAACUCAAAGGCGCAAGCUUGGUCAGUAUCAGCAACAGCUUGAAGCUGUUAUUGAAGCUGAAAAACAAGCUGCACGGGACUUGAUUCGCGAUAAGAGAAAAGAUAGAGCCUUACUUGCAUUGAAGAAGAAGAAGGUGCAGGAAGAGUUGCUGCAGAAAGUUGACGCUUGGCUAAUUAAUGUUGAGCAGCAAUUGGCAGAUAUUGAAUUAGCCAGCAAGCAGAAGGCUGUUUAUGAGAGCUUGCAGUCAGGAAACAACGCAAUGAAAGCUAUACAAAGUGAGAUCAACCUGGACGAUGUUCAAAAGUUGAUGGAUGAUACUGCAGAAGCUAAAGCCUACCAAGAUGAAAUCAAUGCCAUCUUGGGAGAGAAAUUAACUGCUGAAGACGAGGAAGAAGUUCUAGCAGAAUUUGACAACUUAGAAGCACAGCUUACUGCCCAAGAUUUGCCUGAAGUUCCCACUGCAGCUCCUGAAGAAGAAGAGAAGUUGGAGCUACCUGAUGUUCCUACCAAGGUCCCUGUUGCUUCAAAUGUGGCUGCUAAAGAUUUUGAAGAGGUUUCAGAUGAACUUCCUGAGAAGAGAAAAGUUAUGGAAGAACCAUUGCCGGCAUAGUAAAAUAAGGCUUCCGAGUUGAUCAUAGAGCACGAGCUGUGAUGGCACAAGCCCUUCUCAUUGUUUUAUUUGGUGUUACAGUUGAGAUAAUGUUCGGAAGGCUGAUGUUUGUGCCCCAUUAAUUUUCUUUCUUCUGGUAUUGUAUAGUAUUGCAGUUGUGUACAUUAUCUUCAAAUUUUAUUCUGGCUGUUCUCCAAAUAGGAAAAAAGGAAAAAAAGAAAGAGCAGCUGUUUGAAUCUUUAAUAUGUACAGAUUUGAAUCCACUUAUGGUCUGUUUGGAAUUAUAAAUUUCAUUUGCCGACUUUAUAA